AUGGUGCCGCCGCCGCUCUAUCCCCGCUCCACGCCGCCCGCGCCGCUCUUUCCCCGCUCCGUGGCGGUGCUGCCGCUCCGCCCGCCCUCCCUUUAGCCGCCCUCAUCCCCGCUGUCCCCCUGCGCGCCCGCUGUGCCCGCAGCCGCGGCCCGCUGUGCCCCCGCCGUGCCCGCAGCCCGCCCGUCUCUAUGCCCCGCGCGUUGCCGGCGGGGCGGGCGGGAUGUGGCGGCUGCUGCUGCUGGGCCGGGGCCGCUGCGCGCCCACCCCCGCCCGCCCCGCCUGUGCCCCGGGGCUGGGCGGCGGCCGCGGGCACAGCCCCGAGCGGGCGCCCGCGUGUCAGGAUGGCCCGGAGCGAGGAGGAGGACGGCGGCAGGCGCUGCCCGGACUGGUGCCCCGCUACUCCGUGCGGGAGGCGGUCACCUGGGGCGCUGUGGGCGCGCUGCUGCUGCAGCUGCUCCGGCAGAUCGCCUGGCUCCGGUCGCUGCCGGACUCCCGGACAGAGCGAAGGCUUCCCUGGCGUUCCUCGCUGCCCCCCAGGCCCGCAGUGGUGGCUGAAGGCUCAUCCAGCUGUCCUGGCGAGCAGCUGGGCUCCCAGAUCCUGCAGAAAGCAAGUGCAGAGGCUGUAGCAGAGGAUUCCUCCUCAGGCAGCCCCUCAGGGCGAGGAGACAGCCAGCCCUGGGCAGAAGCAGGGGACUUCCAAAUCCCUGUGAGCUCCAGGGUGGGGCCAGUUCUCCACAAUGCAAAGGGUGACCCAGCUCAGCGAGGGCAUUUAGAGGAAGCCGCUUUCCAAUUGCAGCAGAUUUUCCGAAUUGAUAUUUCCAUUGCCUUGAAUAUCCUUGGCAUCGAGAGCAUGAGGGCGGGGCACUGCCGGGCAGCCUUCACCUGCUUCAAACUGGCAGCAGAUCGAGGCUACAGCAAAGCCCAGUUCAACGUGGGGCUGUGCUAUGAGCACGGCAGGGGCACAGAGAAGGACUUGGAAAAGGCAGGUUUUUAUUACUGCCAGGCAGCCAGCAGCCAUCACCCCAUGGCCCAGUACCGCUACGCCAGGCUCCUGCUCCAGCACGGCCCUGGCAGCCCCUGGGACAGGCAGCACGAGGCUGUGGCACUCCUGGAGCAAGCAGCAGGGGCUGGCAUCACAGAGGCACAGGCUUACCUUGGAGUGUUCUACAUGAGGGGGCUGCAGCCCCAGGAGAAGAGAGGUCUGAAGUACCUGCUGCAGGCAGCAAACAGUGGGGAUGCCCAGAGCAGGUUCCACGUGGGCGUGUGCUACGAGCAGGGCCUGGGAGUGCGGCAGAGCCUGGCGGAGGCGCUGAGGCACUACCGGCAGUCAGCGGCCGCUGGCAACAGCCAGGCCCGGGACAGGCUGCAGGCCUGGCAGCAGGAGCUGCAAGAUGUGCACACAAAGCAUCCAUUCCCUUCAGGAUUAAGAGCCUCUUCCUCCAGCCCCAAUUUCUGGACUGUUGAGCCUGUGUCUCCAGGACAGUGUGGCCUCAGGCUGCCCCAGUCCUGGAGCACAGGCAGGCUGCAUGUGAUGCUGCUCAGCAGUGCAGGGUGGAGCCAUGCCCUGGGAGCCAGGACAGUGCCACUGGAGCUGCAGGGCUGGGAGCCCCAGCAGUGCUGGCAGUAGAGCAGGCAGUAAGUGACACAAGCAGGCAAGAGGGCAAGGAACCAGGCUGGCAGUGAAGGGAAAGAGAAAGCUCUCUGUUCAGGGAACAGGAGGUAUUUUUAAAUACCUGGAAUUUGAGAAUAAACCUUGUGAUAUCUCCUA